AUGCAUGCGAAUCUGCAGGCAGACAACGCUUUCUUCUGGCGGGAUGAAUAUGGCACGUUGGCAUGUGGUGUCCUUGACUGGGGUGGCUUCAACCGAACGCCAUUUUGCAUGAAUUUCCUGGGAUGCCUAUCAGGAGCUGACCCCGAGGUUCUCCUAGCGCAUGAGGAGGGCAUCAUUCGCUGCUUUCGGGAUGAGUAUGAGCGCUGUGGCGGUCCUCACCUCCCUAUGGAGGAGCUUCUCUUGAGCUGCUUGGACGAGGGAGACGGGGGUGAAACUGGGCUUCCUGCUGUCAUGUGCUUCCACUCAGGGUAUCACCUGGGCUACAUCACUUUCGUGUACGAGAGUACGACAUGGCUGGAGCGAGAGGUAUACAAGCUGGCCACAAAGGAAGAAAUGGCGACGUGGGAUGGGAUACUGGAUGAUCGUUUCCAAGAACGGUUUCGCGUCAGGUGCCGAACCUCUGCCAUCAUCAACUCCUUUGCAUUCUACAGCUUGAAAGGUGACCACUUGAGCACUCUGUUCAAAGAGUGGUCCAAAGGGAAGGGCGCUGAUGACUUCUUCUGCUUCCGCAUCGAUGGCGACAGUUCCGAACAUGCCUGCGUGCAGAUCCAUAGCAGAGACUCUUCGCUUUACCGUCAAGGCGACAUACUCCCAGAGGCGGAAGUUGACGUGGUCCAGCAUCAUCCCGAGGCUGCACCCAGCCGCGGUGUCGUGUUCGAACACCAGGAAGCCUACGACAAGAACUUUCUCAUGACAUGGGAGCAUAGAGCUCUGAACCAAUUCAAGUUUGCAGACACCAUUCUCCAAGGAGAUGAGGCGGAGCGGGCCCAGCUGUCUCAGGGCUUGUCUUCUGGCAUCCUAGCAGUUGACGUGCUGGCACCUAUCGGCAUUGGCCAAUCCAUGCUCAUCUGCGGCCCAAAGGACACGGGCAAGAGCACCUUAGCCAAUCAGGUUGUGGAACAUGCUCUUGCCGGCCGCCAAGUGGACAAGGUGGUGCGCUUUCUGUCAUCACCAGCUCCACCAGCGGAUCCAGCCUUGCAACGCAUGGGCACGCUGAUGCAGGUUGCUGUGCCAGCAAGUCCCACAAAGUCCUCCGCGAGCUACCUCCCCGCACUCUUCGAUGCCGUGGCUGUGGCCGAGGAAGUCCGGGAUGGAGGCAAGCAGGCGCUCCUGGUCCUCGACACUGUUGCUCCUCUCUUGGAUGCCUGGGACCUGGCCCUGGAGCUCGCGGAGGCGGCCCGGGGGCCCGGCGACGCGGAGGCACUGGCGGCGCAGCGGCGUGCUGCUUUUGCCGCACUGUUAGAACGAGCGGCAAACCUCCAGCGCGGAGGAUCCCUGACAAUGCUGACCGUUCUUGAAACAGAGGCCAUGGCAGCUCUGGGCAUCCCAGGGCAGAAGAAGGCCCCGAGUGGCGAGGACGCCAAUGAGCCGAUCUUCACUCUCGAUGAUUUCCGAGGUCGGAGGCAGAGUGAACUGGAGCGACUGCAGCGCUUGCAGGAGCGCGGAGUCCCGCUGACCGAGCGCUCCCUGAAUGCCCUGGGCCUUGCGCCACCCGGCACCAGUGCGCCGGGUGUCAAGUCUGCACGCGAGAUGCAGAGCCUCUCUGAUGGUCAGGUCGUUCUUGACAAGUCCAUGGCUUCAGCAGGUUUGUUUCCAGCAGUGGUGGCAGGCGCCAGCUUUUCCCGCUUCGGCUUGGGCUCGAAGACCUCGGGUGGUGAGGCCAAGGCCCGUGACGUGCGGCCGCCGGCCCUGCAGGCUGUUGCGGCCCACCUCCGGACGCUGCUAGCUCUGGAGCAGGAGGCGCACUUCCGACCCACAGCAGAAGCGGUGGACAGCCACCAGUCCAGGCAGCUGCAGGCUGUGGCCUCUGCGCUACAGCAGCCGCAUGGCACAGCCCUGCUGCCCGAGGAGAUGACGGCUCUUCUGCUGGCCGCAUGCAGUGGGGCCUUGGACCCGCUCCCGCUCUCAGAGGCAUCGGAGGCUCUGCGCGGCGGCGCGCGGUCCCCGCUACUCCUGCACCUCAAGGAGGCAGCGCCAGGCAUGCUGAGCAGGAUUGGCCAGGAGUCAACGCUGUCACAAUCCACUUUGCGGGAGCUGGAAGUCACAGUGCGACUCUUCGUGAAGCUUAAGCAGGCCCAAGUCUGA